AUGACUGACCCAAAAAUGUGUACUUCGUGCUUUCACCUACUGCCUCCAGAAGCAUUUAUUUAUAAAAAUAAAUCUUACAAAACCUGCUUAGCUUGUUUAACUACAAAGUCCAAUAAAAGAGCAGAAAAAAAAGCUUUACCUGUUGAUAACUAUUUAGAAAACACGAAUGACCAAAUAGAAAACCAAUUCAAAGAUGAAAUAGAGACAAUUAUCUUUACUGAUAUUAUCGAACACAUUUCUAAUAAAAUUUCUAGCCUUGAGCAAAACCAAAAAUUAUCCUUCAACUUAUGUAUCAAAAUCGAUGAUGAUAUAUUGACUAAGAUUAAUCAUAAUAUGAGACUUUUAGUAAGAUUAAUAGUAGAUGAAAUCGAAGAAAAAGACGGAUACAAUUGGAUUGAGCUUUGUUAUGAGUGGAGGGAUGAUUUAGUUACCACAAUCGGAUUAAUAACAUCUUUACUAAAUAAACUGUUACCAGUAUCAUGUAUCCACUGUAAUGCGAUCUACAAAACUACUAGGGAAGGUUUGAGCUUUACGGAAUUAUUAGCAAUACUAAUGCAAUCUACAAUUUCACAAGCAGACAUUCAAUCAUCUCUGAUUUUCCAGAAUAGCAGUUUGGUUGAAAUAGACCAAGAUGAACCUUUUGAUUCUGAAAUGCGCAAGACCUGUGAACAAAAGGUGGCUGCAGUAAAAUGUAUAGCUACCCAUCUAGAACAAGAACUUUUAGCAAAUAACUUAAACCAUGUUACGCAGGUAGUCAACAAUAUAGAUAAGUUAUUUAAUAUACUAAAAGAUAUUGAAAUGGCACAAAAUAAAAGAAAACGUAAUCCAACGUGA